ACAUUGAUAUAAGGCCGACCUCAGAGAGACGAAGAGCACCAGAGCCACGAUGAAGACUUUGUGUGUUGCUGUUGUUUUGCUGAGUCUCACCUCGGUGUGCCAGCCUGCACCACUGGCCUGUGAGAAGCUGCUGAAGCCAGUGGACAGUACUCCAGAUAUUUCUGGGAGGUGGCAUGUUAUAGCUUGGUCCUCAGACAGCUGUUUGGCGACAACAUUGGUUAAUUCUGUUCUUUGGCCAAGUGUUAAAAUUGACUUUACCUCUCUGGGCACACCAAACCUCUUUAACAUGACUAUUGAGGGUAAAAUGCAUGGAUAUUGCGAAUCUUCAUCAGAAGAAAUGUUGUAUGUGAACAACUCCAUGUUUGAGGUCGACAGCACCAAUGCCCCAACUGGUAAACCAACUGUGCUGCUGCAAAGUAGCUGUCCCGACUGCAUGCUUCUAAAGGACGAUGAAGAUGAUUUGCUUAGCACCUUUUUUCUCCUCAGCAGGAGAAAGAGUGUCGCAGAUGAUGAGCUGAAGGAGUUUGAGUCACAGGUGGGGUGUCUCGGCUGGGCCAAAAUGCAGGUCUUCAACACAGAUCACGAAUAUCAAGGCUGCCCGUCAACUGAUGACAUCUCUGAUAAUAACGGACUAUCAAAAAUGAUUUAUGCAAGAGUGAAAACCACGUAUUUAGAGCCCCUCAAGUGUAUUUUAGAGAGUUUUGCUGCCUCCCCAAGCUCUGCCAUUGAGUGGAUUCAGGAACUAUUCACUUAGACAAUCACUUAGACAAGUGAAAAAGUGAAACCAUACUCAAGAUGUAAAGUAGUUUGAAGAGAACUGAUUGCUGUUUGAUGUACUACUUUACAGCUAAGACAAUGUAUUCUCUCUUUCAAUACCAUCACUAAUAACUACUGAAUUAAUGAACAAGGUUUAUUUAAUAUUACAUUUUCUUUCUUUUCCUCUUUUAAAUUUCCUCUUCCUUUAGUUUCUGUUCCAUCUUGGAUUAAAAAAAACUUUUGCAAUGCAGACACAAAGAAAGAGAUAUAAUGAUUAUUAAGGAAAGUAAAGUAAAGUAAAGUUGAACAUGUAGCAACAUGUACAAUGCACACACUGAAAUAAUAUUUUAACUGUCACUUGCAGUAGCUGUGCAGUAACUCAGCAUUCAUUUUAUUGUUUUGGUUAAAAGACUUAAUGUGAAAUAUGUGAUGAAUCUAUAAAUAAACCUGUCAAAGUGUG